UUGACCUGUUAGAUAAUAUCUGAUGAAUUUAUCCUUUUUAAUGGGACGAAAACGAUUAUAUGGAAAAUAUAUAUAUUUAAAAGCCAUUUUAAACGAAAGGGUGACUUACUUUUUUUAAGAACAUUAAAAGCACGAUGUGGUCCCAAGGGAUUCUUGUGCUUUUUUUAAUAGAUCUAGCCUAUGGGUUGCAGCAAGCGAUCAGUUUUGAAUACAAAUACAGCUUUAAAGGCCCCCACCUGACCCUGGACAACAAAAGCAUCCCAUUCUGGGAUUAUGAAGGAGAUGCUAUCGCGGGUGAUGAUUAUAUCAGAUUAACUCCCCACAGAAGGAACAAAAGAGGAUGGGUUUGGAGCAUUCUGAAAACUAACUUUAACCAGUGGUCAGUGGAAUGUGUUUUCAAGGUCACAGGACGAGGUCGUGUCGGUGCAGAUGGACUGGCUGUGUGGUUUACAGAGGACAAAGGUCAGGAGGGACCAGUUUUUGGGAACCAGGACAUGUGGAGGGGACUGGGUGUGUUUAUGGACUCCUUUGAUAACGACGGUCAGCACAACAAUCCAUAUAUUAUGGCAAUGGUUAACGACGGAACGCAACAGUAUGACCACCAGGGUGAUGGUUCGCAGCAACAGCUUGGUGGAUGUCUAAGUGACUUCAGAAACAAACCGUACCCCAUCAGAGUGAAAGAUAACUUUAUUUACCUUCUGCCAGGUAUUUGUGAACAACGGUCUGACCAACAACAAGGACGAUUUUGA